UAAUAACCAGUGCGCCUGCGCACAUUUGACCUCUUUUUCCCUUUGACUUUGUGGCUGUGCUAUCUAGUGGAAACUCCCGCUUGUCAUCUAAACGCGUGUUUUACUUUGCACCGUAUUUUAGUUUCAAUCAUGGCGUCCCGUGUCCUAGCGCAGUGUGUCCGCCAACUCGCCCGGUCUUCUGUGAGACUCUCGUCGGGUAACAUUGCAGUGAGAGCCGCAGCUGGUCCGGUCCUAUUGAACCACCGACCGUUCUCCUUCAUUGCCAGCAGUCAGCGGACACGGUGGAUUGAACAAACGCAGAUCUCUAGCUCAGUGGGAGUGUCCUGUAGACAGUAUGGAGACCUGCCUCCCCUCACCAUUGAAAGCAUUAAAGAACGAGUCAUGUACGUUCUGAAACUCUACGACAAGAUCAACCCAGAGAAGCUGGCGACGUCGUCCCACUUCCUGAAGGACCUGGGGUUAGACAGCUUGGACCAGGUCGAGAUCAUUAUGGCCAUGGAGGAUGAGUUUGGGUUUGAGAUCCCGGAUGCGGAGGCAGAGAAGUUAAUGUCUCCCCAGGAUAUUGUCCAGUACAUCGCUGACAAGAAGGACGUGUACGAAUAAGAACCAGGAAUUACUAACACGCCCAGUGAGUCUCCACGGCGACGACAAGGGAGUAACGCUCUCUCACCAUUUAAACAACUAUUAAAAACGUUGUGUUUUGGCCUUCAUCAUAACUCCAAUGACGUGUGUGUGUGUAUUAUAAUUAUAGAUAGAUAGAUAGAUAGAUAGAUAUAGAGAGAUAUAUAUAUAUAUAUAUAUAUAUAUAUAUAGAUAUAGAUAUAGAUAUAGAUAUAGAGAGAUAUAUAGAUAUAUACACCCUGAAUUGCUGAUGUUUCGGCCAUGGAGAGACUUUAAAGCCACCGGUUCCACUAUAUUCCCGCGUAGAAAAUAAAUGGAAUUCAACAGUAUUUUUUUGUAUUUUCUGUAUUUAAGGUGUUUUUGUUGUUUGUAGUGAGGACAAUAAACAUCAGCACUUUUUCCCCCCAAAAAAUGUAUAACAUUAAGGAAAAUAUUUUUCAUUUGUUUAGCGGAUGUAAAAGCUGUCUGUAAUUCAAUAAACGAGGCAACAUUAGUAAAUU